CGUGGAACCCGACUGCCACUCGAGUCUGAGAGCGAGGUUUCUUCCUGCGGUCUGACGAGGAAACGUCCCUCCUGUCCCCGCUUCUCCCGAUCUUCAGCUUUCGACUUACCUUACGCCUCAAGGUCUUUCCAACUUCCCCUCAGGUCUCACAUUGAAGUUCUACCUCCCAGUCAUCACAUUUUCCGUUGAAUCGGCUUUUUGGAGACAGAACAACUUUGCGUCAUUCCAAGAUCCUCAACGCCAUUAUUUGCUCCCCAGAGGCACUCCUGUCCACUGACUUUGCUCGCGAGAACAGUUCUAUUCUCGAGAUUUGUCCUGGAGACGCCAGUCAAAUCACUACCAUCGUCAUCUAUCACUUCUUUCCAGGUUGGAUGCAGUUUAGUUAUCGGAUCUGCUCAUCGUUGGAGUGAGGAUGGCAUCUACCAGUUCCAAUAGUGACGGAAGACCAAAACGGAAAAGGCUCGCGAAAGCUUGUGACGCCUGCCAUAAGUCCAAGAGACGUUGCGAUGGCGUGUCACCUUGCGCCAACUGCUUCUUUGCAUCCAAGACAUGCACUUAUACUGACAGCAAUGGAAGGCCAGUCCCAGCGCCUCGGUCAGCGGCUGAACAACCCUCUCAUUCUCAUAACCCGCCUCAGUCGCAGCCAUAUUAUCCUGUUCUAACAAAGCGUCAUCGACCAGAUGCUCCUAAUGCGGUUUCCCAGUCUCAACCAACUGAGCAGCGUCCGCACGUUCCUAUGGAACUCGAUGGCAGUCUCACACGUGAACUCACCAAUCUUUUCUUCACUCACUGUCACCCCGUGUUAGCCACUAUCCAUAAACCGUCCUUUACCAACGCCUUGUCGCUCAAUCAAGUACCACCUCACCUUUUAUUCGCUAUCUGUGCUCUUGCAGCUCGGUUCUCCAAGCAGCCCUCUCUUCGCGCGAGUCGUAACCGUUUCUCAGGACGCGCUUUUGCGGAUGAAGCACGCAGGCUGAUGUUUGAAGAUCACGAUGCAGUGGGUAGGCUGAUUGUUCCACCCAGUCUGCCUACGGCUCAAGCUUUGUGCAUCUUGUCUAUCUUUGAAAUUCUCUCGAGAAACCAUCAAGUUGACCCUAAUGGACAGCCCGGCACGACAGAGGGUGACAGGUCCGAACUACAGGAUCGGGUACAAUGGGCUAGAGGUGAAAGGUAUAGGGACCUAACACUUCACGUCGUCCAUGCACUUGGUGCACACAUGCCCGACCCUCCUCUGUUGACUCCCGUUCCCUCGCAAUCAUUCAUCGAGAGUAGCAUUGAACGCGAAUCCGUUCGCCGUGUUUUUUGGUUGGUUUACCUCGUCGACUUACUUCGAGGAAUAUAUUACCGGUUUGACGAUGCUAAGCUGGGUCGUAGUGGAAAUGGAUAUGCUGGGACUGGGAUUAACCCAGAACACACUGGGAAUUUCCCACAAGCAACCUCUGGCUUUGAUCCCAAUUUUGGUCCCGCUUCAGCAUCACCACAGCCGCCGCCUAAUUUCCCUCCACCAUCCUUGGCCAGUGCACUAGGUUUUAACGAGGGCGUGAUGGGGUUUAGUGAAGUGGAGCUGAAAAUUCGCCUUCCAUCCGAUGAAACGAGCUUUGAACUUGGUACCAUCCACGAGAGUAUACCUGAAUACCUACAUCUGUCUGCACCCCACUCUCCAGACGCAUCCGAACUAGGGCACGUCAUGCGUGUUAUGACCAUACACCAAAGAGUCGAACAAGCUUUAUCAGAGUUGAUAUUCAGACCAGUUCCACAACAUCCGUCCUUUGACCCAACAUUUGACCCCUCACUCUCUUCUCGAUCCCAUCCCCAGCCAGAGUCAUUCCAUCCUCACCUGGUCUCGCACUCUAUCGAUACACAUCCCGACAAACAUCCCCACGCCCAAAACGGCUCACAACGCCCGCUCAACAAGCAAAGCCAGAGACACCUGGCGGCUAUCCACAGAUUGUCGGAGUGUAGCCGUGUCCUGGACGAAUGGGCUGAAUCCUUACCCCAUCAGCUCCGUUUCACAGAAACUAAUCUGCAUGUACACAAGUCGAUGUUUGAAACUUCGAGCAACACAAGUGCCUGGUGUUUUGCCUGUAUGCAUGCACUUUACGCGAGCUGCUCGAUUGCACUCGCCGUGGGGUUUCGGGGUAUACGCGUUGACAGUACAAGAGGAUCGGAGACAGGCAGUAAUGGAGCGAAACCUGGCGACAAAACGGCUGACAGGAAUGAUCUGUCUUGGGCUGUGGAAAGACUGCAUAUCAUCUUGGAGCUGGUCGGAGAGCGAGCCAAGUUCAGUACGAUGCUGGGCGUCGUUAUCUGGCCAUUACUCAAGUACGUACACAAGAACGAUGCUGAGAUGAAAUACUGGGAGGAAUUGUUUGAGGAUUAUACUGGUGUACGCAUGACCAAGCUCACCGGCUCGAGGUGGGAAGAGCAAGCAAAAGUUCCUGUGCUCGUAUCACUAGCAACAGGGCAAACAUCCUCCAAUGCCUAUGCUUUAACGAGUCUGGCCUCCACAUCUACCUCUUUCGAACCUAACCUUCCUGGACAAAGCGGUACUCACGAUUUAGACUCUCUACCCGGAGCUUUACCCUUGGAUGGACACCUAGGUAUCGCACCUAGUCUAGUGUCUACUCCGGUCUUUUCACAUCAAACUCAAACUCAGCCUUCCACCUCUCUUCCUUCUCUCAAAUCAAGCGGCCUCCUAGAAUGGCAGGGCUCCUUGGUAUCUCAUCCUCCUACGCACUCUCCCACUCCCUCCCCACCACAUUCACAACCUUCUAUCUCACAACACAACGUCAAUCUACCUACCUCAGACGUGCAACAGCAAUCGUCAACGCCAAACGAGAGUGGUGCACAAGGGAGAGUGGGGUUAUCGUGGAUGAUGAACAGUUGA